GCCAGCUGAGCAGCACCUACGACCACCUCAGCUGCCGAGAACAAGAGUCGCGAAUCCUGCUGCUGAAGGAGUGCUUGACCUCGCUCGACAAGAUGACCCUGAAGCACGAGGAGCCGUCGAGGGGCGAGAAGUCAGGGAAGGGAAAGGGGCAAGGGGAGUCCCUGUCGAAGGAGGCGCUGCUGGAGAUGUUUAAGAGAGCGAUCAAGGCCUUGGAUGAUGGAUAUUAGGAUUGCGAGAGUCGAAUUUGGCAAGACUGCAGACUGGUUUAGUGGAGCAUAUUACUUGUUUAUUUGGUGCUAAAACUGAGUGUUUUUUUUAAAAUCUUAAUGGUAAAAAUCAUAUCAGUUUUGCAUAUCGGUGAUGUAUAUCUCCGUAUUAUUUCAUUUGGUCUCAAUGGAACAAAAAGGUAUAUUGAGAUAUGAUUAUAAUCCACACUAUC